CCCAAAAACUUGGUACACUUUCCACAUAUUUUUUUCUUCUUCUUACAUUGUGUGUUGCAUUCUAUUCUCUCUCUGACUCUUUCCUUGCACUUCUCUUCUUCUAAUCUUCUUCCUCUUCCUCAUACUCUAUGAAAUGCUGAGAAAUGUUUGAUUCUGAUCAAAGGGUUUCUGAGAAGAACAACAACAUAGGAAAGAGGGAAAACAAACAUCGUAUUUGGUCUUGUUUAUCUGUGAUCAACAAAAAUAAAAAAUUCUUCCUUUUUGUUUUCUAUCUUCAAAUUCUCACACCCAAUUGAAAACUGAGCUUACAUUUUAUCCCACACACAAAAAAGCUUCAAUUUUUAUUUUUUGUAUUUUUUGUUUUUUGUUUUUUUUUUGUUUUUCUGAUGCAUAUAUGAUUGAAAAGAAAGACACCCAUUUUUGAAGAAUACAUAGAUUUGAGGGAAUUGAGCUUACUAGUGUGUUAGCUUUGGGAGAGGAAUGGAAUCUGGUGAUAGUAAUAGUACUGUAUCAUCAUUGAUCAUGAUGGAUGAUGAAAAUGUGCAUCAUCCACAUCACAAUCAUCAUCAUCAUCAGUAUUCUUCUUCAAUCAACAAGGUUCAUCAUAGCAGUGGUGGUGGUCCCACAGCUACAAGUGUUCAUGAGCUUCUUGAGUGUCCUGUUUGCACAAAUUCAAUGUACCCUCCAAUCCAUCAGUGCCACAAUGGACAUACCCUUUGUUCAACUUGUAAGACAAGGGUACAUAACCGGUGUCCUACUUGUAGACAAGAACUCGGUGACAUAAGGUGUUUGGCAUUGGAGAAGAUUGCGGAAUCACUAGAAUUGCCUUGCAGAUAUACCUCUCUUGGCUGUCCUGAGAUUUUUCCAUAUUACAGCAAACUCAAACACGAGUCUCUUUGUAACUUCAGACCUUACAACUGCCCCUAUGCCGGAUCAGAUUGCUCUAUUGUCGGGGAUAUUCCCUACCUUGUUGCUCAUUUAAGGGAUGAUCAUAGGGUUGAUAUGCAUUCUGGAUGCACUUUUAACCAUCGCUAUGUCAAGUCUAAUCCUAUGGAAGUCGAAAACGCUACGUGGAUGCUGACUGUAAGCAUAUAAAGUUUAAUAUGGAGUUCUAAGUUUGGUAAAAACAUCACAAUUCUAAAAUGUUACUUAUGCUUAAGCUGUUUUGUUGGUUUUAAAAUUAUGAGCUUAGAAUUACUUAUUAUUUCUGGCGACGAAAGAGAUGCACGGAGCUAUAGCUACAGCUUGGAAGUAGGAGGAAAUGGGCGGAAACUAACCUUCGAGGGAAGUCCUAGAAGCAUAAGAGAUAGCCACAAGAAAGUUAGAGAUAGCCAUGACGGCCUCAUUGUAUACCGAAACAUGGCGCUUUUCUUCUCCGGUGGGGACCGGAAAGAGCUGAAGCUGAGAGUAACUGGAAGGAUAUGGAAAGAACAGCAAAACCCGGAAAGUGGAGUGUGCUUACCAAAUCUGUGCAGCUAGAUAUUUGAUAUUGAGCAUAAACAAAAGCAUCUUUCUCUUCAA